CUUCCCCAGAAGGCUUCUCUACAGGUUUCAGGUUCCCAUCCGAGGCCCUGAGGUUUGGACUGCCCUGGAGGACAUGGCCUGGGGCCCUGACAACGUGCGGAAAUGGUCAACCCUGGCGCUGUUGGCCAUCAUGGGCACAGCCCUGACAGUGGCCACCGACUCCCCUGGCUUCGUGGCCCUGAUCUCCCAGAAGGGUCUGGACUUCGCGUGCCAGCAGGGCAUGGUUGUAUUACAGGAGGAGCUACAAACUAUCAGUGUUCCUGACUUCUCUGGAGUCUUUAAGAUAAAGCACCUGGGAAAAGGUUCCUACGAAUUCUACAGCAUGGUUGUGAAUGGGUUUCAUAUUCCUAAUCCUGAGAUGAAGCUGCAGCCCACUGAUAGCCUCCAGCUGUCCAUCAAAGAAGCCAGCAUCAAGAUCAGCGGAAAAUGGAAAACUAAGAAGAACUUCUUCAAAGCCAGUGGCAAUUUUGAUCUGAGCGUCGAGGGCGUCUCCAUCUUCGCUGACCUGACAAUGGGUAGUGACCCCACAGGCCACAUCACCAUCACCUGUUCCAACUGCGACAGUCACAUCGACAGCGUCAGUAUCAAAAUCUCAGGCAGCAUGCUGGGGUGGCUGAUCCGACUGUUCCACAGGAAAAUUGAGACUUCCCUGAAAAACAUCAUUUACAAAAAGAUCUGCAAGAUCGUGAGAAACUCCGUAUCCUCCAAACUUCAGCCUUAUGUGAAGACUCUUCCAGUGAUAUCCAGAGCGGAUGAUGUGACGUCAAUUGACUACAGUCCGGUGGCUCCUAUUAUAACUACGAACCAGUUUCUGAAGGGAGAGCUAAAGGGACAGUUUUUCUGGCGGGGACACCGAGGCCCAUAUCCCAUUGAGCCACCAGAAAUGAAGUUUGUGCCCAGCAACGACUACAUGGUAUGCAUGGGCAUCUCUGACUACUUCUUCAACACCGCGGUGUUUGCAUACCAAGAGUCUGGAACCUUGAGAAUAACCCUGGGGAGCCGACUGGAUACCAGAUUCCAUCUGAACACUGACUUCCUGAAGGGCUUCCUGCCCAAGGUGGCCAAGAUGUUCCCCAGCAUGGGGGUGCAGCUGCUGAUCUCAGCGCCCUCGCCUCCACACCUGAGCAUUCAGCCCUCAGGCCUUUCCUUCAAUCCUAAGCUGGAGACCCAGGCCUUUGUGGUCCUCCCCAACUCCUCCCUGAUCCCCCUCUUCCUGCUUGGCAUGAAAACAAAUGCCUCUUUGGAAGUGGAUGCUGAAGAUAACAGGCUUAUUGGGGAGAUGAAGCUAGGCAGGCUGUUGCUGGAACUGAAGCAGUCUAACUUUGGCUCCUUUAAGGUGAAGUUCCUGGAAGAUAUAAUAAACUACCUCAUACCCACAGUGGUGCUGCCCAAGAUUAAUGAGAGGCUGCGGAGAGGCUUUCCUCUCCCUUUGCCUGCCGGGAUCCAGAUCAUCAACUUCGUGUUUAACUCCUACCAGAAUUUCCUGUUGCUUGAAGCAGAUUUGCACCGUACCUGAAAUCACCUCGGACGGACCCUGGGCCAGGAAGCUCUGCAGCUGCUCCCCAGGGGCCAUCACACUUACCGGCUGUCCUGCUCCAGGAAUCCUUUAGUCUUUGGCCCUGACCUGCAGCCUCCUGCUCGCUUCCCCAUGCUCAGCUCUAGAAAUAACCCAAGCCCGUGGAAGUUGAGGGGAAAGCAGGAGAUCUGUGGACGGGCUCCGUGACUCUUUCAGAGCAGCCCCUCCAGCAUCGGCAUUUCCGCUGGAGCUGCGACAUUACUUUGGGCUUUACAAAAACACCCAUUUUUCCCCCUGUA